AUGGAUUCUCAGGGUCAUAAAGCCUCGAUAGACAGGCAGGAUGACCGAAAGGAUCUGAACGAGGGCCAUGAGGAUUCUACGGGAAAGGAGAACACCUCAAAGAAGGAAUCGGUAGUUGAAGGACAGGCCUCAACGAAGAAUCGAUCCGUCUCAGCGCGCGAUAAUCUUCUCAAAGACUCUAUCGAUAACAAAAUCACCGAUGCUAUUUUUAACCACAUAUGUCUCGAGCUGACUUCUUCAACAGCUAGUUUGGACACGACAGACACUGAAUUUCAAGAUGACUUUUUAAACUUCAUUGAAGAAGCAACCGCUGGUGUGAGCUCACCGCUUAAAGCAAUCGGUGGUACUCAAGAACCAAACAUCAUUAAGAAGAUGCCGCUAGUGAAAACGGAUUUGACACCUCCAGAGACUACGGCAUUGGCAGAGAGCACCCAUACAACCCCUUCCUACCCUUUACACUCGAUCAACGCCGUCUAUGAUAAGUGUCUUAAAGAGAUGAUUAUUAAUCCCUUUUCUGGGAAAAUGAUUCCCUUAAGCUCCAAAAUCGCUACUGAACUCUUUAAAAUCGGUUUCCGGCAGCACCCCAGUAACCUACUUCAGCUCGAAUGGAGCCCAAAUAUCUUUGUUAGCCAAUGCUAUAAAACCGCGAAGCGGCUGAAGAUUAAUAUCUGCGAAACGGCUUCCAAGAAUCCGACGAGGCAUCACGUUGGCGUUGCCGAUCCAACCACGAUGGAUUCUUUUCGCCAGGAGCUCCCGUUCGGUGCAAUCCCAGAGAAGGAAGGGGUUCUUCCUGGGGAGGACCCCGAAUGCAAGCCCCACAUGCCCCGCAUAAUGGAUCAGAUCCUCACUUCGAUGCUCAAAAGCUUUGAGAACACGUCCAUUGGUUGGCGGAUGGAUCUCUCGCGGCUCAUGCGCCGUCCAGAUGUCCUCACCGCCGUUGGCGAGGAACUCCAUCGUCGAUACCGGGAUCUAGUGGCCUCCUACAUGCCGCCCAAACUCGACGCGAGCCCGGAUCCCAACGUGGUGGAACUCAAACUCACGCCGGACCAGACCAACACCCUUCAUCUCGCCCUGCGUGGGUAUCAUCUUUACAUCGGCGGAAGCGCGGGGACGGGGAAGACGAUGCUUUUGAAAGCGAUUUUCCACCGAAUGCGCGAGUUUGGGCUGCGUGUGGCCAUGACCGCCUCGACUGGCGUCGCGGCCGUUCAGCUCGGGGGCUGCACUUUUCACCACGCCUUUAAUGUUCCCAUCGUCUCCAACAAUGUCGUGGAGGGGAUCCAUUCGUGGGAUAUGAACGCCCUACGCGCGGUGGAUGUCGUGAUUAUCGACGAAGUCUCGCUCUUGGAGGCGCGGAUGUUCGACACCUUCGAUAUGGAGGCGCGUAUCGCCCGCAUGAGCUCGGAGCCUUUCGGGGGAAUGCAAGUUAUUGUUUGCGGCGACUUCCUACAGCUCUCCAACGACAACCUCUACGACGCAUUCCCGAUCUACAUGAGUGAGACAUUUAAGUAUUUAAUACAGCUGAAAUUAGUCACGCCGAUGCGCCAUAGCGUGGGCGAUCCGCUGCUCGCGCUGUUAAACCAACUUCGGCAUGGAAUUUUCCACAAGGAAAGCUUCGAAGCCUUAGAUCGACCGAUUCCACCGGAUGCGGGGGAGGUCACCUAUAUUUUUCCUCGACGCCAGUACGCCAAUAAGCUUAACGAGGAGAAGUUAAACGAGCUCACCACGACCGAAAUGUCCUUCAUCCCCCAACGUGGACCACUUCACCUGAUCGGGCAGUUCACGCCCUCUGUAUUGAUCGGAUUCAUCCCUAGAAACUCCUCCUCCUUUACGCUGCCGUCGAGGGAGGAGGUCGUGAAAAUCCUUCAGGAAGAAAUCACCAAUGCCUUUUCAACAAUUGGGCCUUUAUGUGAACAUCACUGCGUGGUGAUGCCGGGCCGGACGACCAAUCCUUCCAUCUUGGUCCGCUGGCGCUGCUCUGGGGGGGGUGAUUUUAUGUCCAACGACGGGACGAAAUCCUCGGUAAAACCCCAAGGCUGGGCGGGUCGUUUAAAAGAAAACAUCUUUGACGUGCAGCUGAAAGAACGAUGGGGGUCCAUUGCCCAAAAACUCGCGGAACGUGUGGAGGGGAAAGUUCUCCAAAUCUUUAAAGAGGAGCCGACAUCGCUCGUCCCGUUGAGCGUCUCCAUGACGCUCGCGGACAUGACGGAAAGGACGAUCGCCGAUACGCUGAGCCCGCUGCGUUUAAAACUCGGCUGCCGCGUGAUGAUCAAUCGCAACCUUUCCCAAACGGUCUCCAACGGCAGCGUUGGCGUUGUGGAGGCUUUUAUGCUGCCGGAUAUUUCGCUUUUUCCUCAUCGAACGGACGUUGCCGCGUGCGGUUAUUACCGACGAUUGCUCAAUCUGAAUUUUUUUGAGAAGCUGCCGGUUGUGCGGCUUUUGAAUGGCGAGAUCGUUCAGAUUCCUCCGAUCAACACCAUUCUUGGUGGGACCCCUGCGAGUUUUUACUACGGUCAUGAGGCCUUUGCGUUGCCAUUGCAGCUGGGAUACGGGUUUACGGUUCAUAAAGUGCAGGGCUUAACCCUCCAAGGCACCGUUGUGCUGGACUGUAAGUCUUUCUUUGACUGCCCGCAUUUGAUUUAUGUGGCUUGCUCACGUGUACGAAAUAUUAAUCAACUUAUUGUGCGCAAUAUUAAUGAAGAUAUGGUGAUUGUGAAGCGUAAGGCGUUGCAGUUUUCCGAAGGUUUGAGUUCAGCCGACGACGCAAGGGUACUGGUGGUCCCGCCGCACAUCCCACGUGCGGUGUGGACGCAGCAGAUAAAGCCUCAGAUUUUAUAUAUAUCCAAUUAA